AUGAUAGAGCACAUUGUUAAUGUUAUUGACGUUGGAAAGGAUGGAAACUGUGGGUUUCGUGUCAUAGCAAUCGCUUUAGGUAGAAAUGAAGACGACUGCUAUGACAUCAGAAGAGAGCUUCUGAUGCAUCUUGAAAAUAACGACGAAGAGUGCAUGAUGUUUGUGAAAAGAGUAACUUUGGACAUUGAUGGUCCUUGCCUUGAAGACAACUGGAUGAAAAUGUCUCAAUCAGGAAUGAUUAUUUCUGAUUUGUACGAACGUCUAGUUCAUUUCUUUUCGGCAAAAGGUUGUAGGUCUUUUAUUCCAGACUGUCCACAAAACAAAAACAAGGCAACUUCAUUUGUGUUGCUGGGUGGACAUUACUUGAGCCUAAAUUUGAAGCCUGAUUGUCCUUUACCCAAAAUAAAGAAAUUCAAAUAUUUGAAAACCAUAGCAGAUGGACACAUUGAAAUUACAACAGAAUAUGUAGACCUGAUAGACAGUGAGAAAGUAGAUAUCAAUCACCGAAAAUCCGCGUAUAGAAGCGAUGUAAAAAAAAUUACUCAAAAACAAGAGAUAACCCAAAAAACAAAAGAUGAAAAUGUCUAA